AUGUAAAAAAAAGUAAUCUAAAAGUCUUCUACAGUCAAAUAAUUUGAUGCUGCCUCCCCAGCUACUAAACUACUAGAAAAGAGAAGAAAGAUGUACGAGAUACAUGAAGCCUACGAACAUCAACAAGACGAAUAUAAGAAACAGGAAGAAGAAUUCAAGAAAUAAGAGGAAUAAAUACGAGAGAAGGACAAGUAGAUUUAGGAAGAAUUGAUUAAGUUUUGUAACUUCUUGCAGGAGAAUGAGGCAAAGAAGAAGAGAGCAUUGGUGAGGUUUCAAGAGGAGAAAUCAUAUAAGGAAUAGAAGGAGAAGGAAAUUUAGGAUUUAACAGCUUAGUGGACUGAUUUGCAGAGACAUCAAUAGAGAUUGGAAAAGAAAGUUACAUCUUUAAAGAAGUACGAGGAUUAUUUGGAUAGCAUCAUAAAGCAAUAUCCAGAGUAGUAUCAUGAUUUGCAAUCCAUUUUGGAUAGGUAUGCAACAUUGACCAAUUCCAAUUCUAAGUUGGUUGAAGAACAUUAGAAUAUGGAGAAGGAAUUUGAGAAACUCAAAUAUGAGUCAACUUAAUACGAGAAGGAGAAGAAUCACGAGAUUCUUUAAUUAAAUAAUGACAUAAAGGAUUUGUAGAAGAAGUUGGAGGAGAAGGCAUCUGAGAGAAAUCAAAUUUAAAGUGUUUAUGAGGCAACAACUAAUGAUGCUUCAUCUAAAAACUUAAGUUUGGGUAGAAUAUUGAUGGCUGUUGACAAUCUCUUUACGCGUUGUUAGGAAGGAACCUAGAGAAUGAAGUAAGAUUUCGAAGAGUACAAGUAGGAUAAGCAAAAUAAGGAGAAGGUGAAGGAUAAAAUUACAAAUAAUAAAAUUCAAAAUUAGGACUUAUAGUUUAAUGAUGAGGACAAUUAUGAAUUAAAAAGUUAACAAGCUGCAUGGAAAUUGAAACAAAUUGUUCAAUUUAUGUCAGAUUUCAAAAAGAUUAUUGAUAAUUGCAAAGGAGAAUUGGGGAAAGCGAAAGAAUAAAAAAUUAAAUGA